AUGCCCGUUCAAUCUGGGACGUUGGCUUCCUGGCUAUUGCUGGGGCUGAGUCUCUUUACUCCAGUCUUAUCAGCAACAGGAAAGAUCCCCACCCAGGCACAGACAAUUGAUCAGAAGAGCUUCAAUGUUUUGAAUAAUACUCGGCCGCCUGGUGAAUUCAAUGCUUCAAGCGUCUUUACUCCUCCAGGCUUAACUGAAGAGAGCUUGCUUGGUCGCCCUUUUCACAUCUACGAUGACGAAUUUCUGAAGGUCCUGGGGAGUACACCCAGUCUGACCCGUAUUGCUUAUUCUAAAGUAGACCCUCUAUUCCAUGAAGCAGUCGUGUGGUCUAAGAGAACAGACGAAGUGUUUUUCGUUCAAAACGCCGGGCCUCCUGAGGCCGGUACUGGACUUAACAAGUCUUCUAUCAUUGAAAAAAUCUCACUAUCUCAGGCUGCUGCUGUGGCAAACAAGACGGAUGCUGUAGGCCUGGUGGAUGUCGAAAAUGUUACAUCUACAACCAUGAUCAUUAAUCCUAACGGAGCCAACAAUUAUCGCGGAAAGCUGAUUUUUACUGGCGAGGGCCAAGGAGAUGACAAGGCACCUGCAUUAUACGUGAUGAGCCCGAAGAAACCUUAUGAUACCAAAGUGCUCCUCAAUAAUUUCUUCGGUCGACAAUUCAACUCGCUUAACGAUGUAGCCAUCCACCCCAAAAACAAAGAAAUCUACUUUACCGAUGUUCCAUAUGGAUACUUCCAGGACUUCCGUCCUCAUCCCGGUCUUCAAAAUCAGGUCUACCGCUUCAACCCUGAUUCAGGUGCUGUCAGCAUUGCUGCUGACGGGUUUGUGAAUCCAAAUGGCUUCACCUUUUCUCCGGACGGAAAGCACGCGUAUGUUACCGAUACAGGAAAUAAUUUUGGCUUCUACGGUCUCAAUUUAACAGGGCCCGCUUCCAUUUAUCGAUAUGAUGUUGUAGAUGAUGGCACGCUUGAGAAUCGCAAAACCUUUGCAUUUGUCAACUCUGGUGCUCCAGAUGGGGUUCACUGUGACACUUGGGGUAAUGUUUACGCUGGCUGCGGGGAUGGUGUCCAAGUCUGGAAUCCGUCCGGCAAGUUGAUUGGUAAGAUCUACUUGGGAACAACUUCUGCAAACUUCAAUUUCGCUGGAAAAGGAAGAAUGGUUAUCUGUGCGGAAAAUUCGCUGUACUAUGCAACUCUGGCCGCAUCGGGAAAUAUUGUGGAAAGUGAGAUGUAA